AUGAGUCUCUCUGGGGGAAGAGAGGAGGAGGAGGGGGCGAUGGACUUUGAGAUUAGUCUCUCUGGGGGAAGAACGGAAGAAGAGGGGGCCACUACCUCUAAGAUGAGUUGCUCUGGGGAACAUGCCUCUGAUCUCACACUGGACCCAAACACAGCAUUCAGAGAGCUCUCUCUGUCUGAGCAGAACAGGAAGGUGACAAAGGUGAGAGACGAGCAGCCGUAUGCUGAUCACCCAGAGAGAUUUGACUUCUGCAGACAGGUGCUGUGUAGAGAGGGUUUGACUGGGCGCUGUUACUGGGAGGUAGAGUGGAGUGGGGAAGGGGCUGAUAUAGCAGUGACAUAUAAAGGAAUCAACAGGAUAGGUGAUGGUAAUGACUGUGAUCUUGGAUUCAAUAUCAAGUCCUGGAGUGUGCACUGCUCUGAUGACGGUUACAAUGCCUGGCACAAUGACGAGAGAAUUGCCAUACCUGUCCCCUCAUCCUCCCACUCAAACAGAGUAGGAGUGUAUCUGGACUGGCCCGCUGGCACUCUGUCCUUCUACAGUGUCUCCUCUGACACACUAAUCCGCGUGCACACAUUCCACUCCACAUUCACUGAGCCCCUCUACCCAGGGUUUGGGAUUUGGGCGACUGGCUCCUCAGUGACCCUGUGUCAGGUAGAAUAG